GAUUCUACCGCAUUCUCAACGCUGGCGUGGGGUCUGGGCAUCCCCAACAUCCUGUUCUACGGCGUGGAGGGCGAGUUCAACGUGAUGGUGAUGGAUCUGCUGGGGCCCUCACUCGAGGACCUCUUCAGCUUCUGUGGUAGGAAACUCUCGCUGAAGACCACGCUGCUGCUGGCCGAGCAGAUGAUCGCGCGCAUCGAGUUUGUUCACAGCAAGAGCGUCAUCCACCGCGACAUCAAGCCGGACAACUUCCUGAUGGGCACCGGGAAGAAGGGACACCACGUCUACAUCGUAGACUUCGGCCUCGCCAAGAAGUAUCGCGACCCCCGCACGCACCAGCACAUCCCGUACAAGGAGGGGAUAAGCUGUAUUGUAAAGUAUUGGUUUUUGUUUUUUUGCAGUAGUUACUUUUGGUUUUUGUUGUUGUUUAUAGUGACGGGUGCAUCUUGUCGGUAUGAUUUUUUUUCUCUUUUUUUAUUACGCUGUUUAUUUUUUAUUUGUUCUCGAAUAAUGUUGUGCUUUGUUGUGGGCGUUUUUGCUUAA